AAAACUACAGGAAGUGGUCGAUGAUAAGAAGUACCAGAGAGAGAGUGUUAUAACUUAAAAGGUGAAGGACACCCCAGAACGGAGCAGCGCGUGCGCCGAUGAAGCACAAGCUCCUCCCACUACCAGGAAGACUAAACAGUGGCGUGGCUGAGAGCCGACGAGCGUUGACUGUAAACGAAAUCAUGUGGGCUGAACAACUGGGGAAACAGCUGGGCCGUCCCACACGAUCACUUGCAGGAUGGUUGGUGAGCAAGUUUCUCACAGCUUACAAUCAGGUCCUGGAGUUGAAUGCUGUGCAGCUGUGUGCCAUCCAACCUGGGGACACCGUGCUGGAGCUGGGCCAUGGCCCCGGUCUGGGUCUACAGUCUGCAGCCAAACUGCUCACAGGCCCUACAGGCCACCUUAUAGGGGUGGAUUACUCAGAGUAUAUGCAUCAGAUGGCAAAGAAACAAAUGAUGGAACUUAUAGCAAAUGAAAAAGUGACCCUCCACCACUGUGACGUAGCAGCGAUGCCUCUCGGAGACAGCACUGUGGAUAAAGUCUUUCACUGUAACUGCUACUACUUCUGGCCUGAUCUUAGAAAAGGAGCUGUCGAAAUACACCGGGUGAUGAAGCCAGGAGCCCUGAUGGUCACAACUCUGAAGCUUUCUCGUGUGGCUACAUUCGCAGCGAAGGGGGUGAUGCCAGGGGAAAACUGGCGCCCAGAGGCCUACAUGGCAGCUCUGAGAGACUCCGGCUUCACUGAUGUUAGAAUGGAGGACAAGCAGGACAGAAACAUUACUUUUCAGGCUAUCUUUGCCACUGCCUUCAAAUAAGAUUGUGUCUUAUCUACACUACUUAUGUGAUUGUGAAGUUUAGUGUGAUUAUGUCGGUCAUUAAUGGUCUUCCUUUUGAAGAUGGAUAAACUUGAAAUUAUCAUAAUGAUAAACAUUUACAGAUCAGAAGUUUUUAUAUAAUUUUCUGUCAUUCCCUACAUGCAAUGUUCUUACAUCAGUACCAUUAUACAGUAUUGUGAUUUUAAAACUUCAAAACAGCAUUACUGUGAAAAUGGGAAAUAAAAAAUAAUGAAGAACUUUA